GCGGACGUGCUCGCGGUGGACGACUUCGACGAGUCGAUGGUGCGGGAGGUCUUCGAGACUGCGGCCGCGAUGAAGCGCAUGGUGGCAGCCAAGGGCGGCUCUGACGUUCUGCGCGGCCGCGUCCUCGCAAACGUUUUCUACGAGCCGUCGACGCGCACCAUGUGCUCCUUCGACGCGGCAAUGAAGCGGCUCGGCGGGCAGGUCGUCUCAGUCUCCGAGUCGACCUCGUCCGCAAAGAAGGGGGAGACGCUUGAGGACACGGUGCGCUGCCUCGAGUGCUACUGCGACGCGAUGGUGCUGCGCCACCCGCAGGUGGGCACCGCCGCACGCGCCGCCGCCGCCGCGCGCAAGCCGAUCCUCAACGCGGGCGACGGCGUGGGCGAGCACCCGACGCAAGCGCUGCUCGACCUCUUCACAGUGGCAACCGCGUGGGCCGAGACCGGCGCCGCGCCGCCCGACGUGCUCGCCUGCCUGGCCGGCAAGCAGCUCACCCUGCUCGGCGACCUCAAGCACGGCCGCACCACGCACUCGCUCGCGCUGCUCUGCUCGCGGCUCGCGGCUCCGCCCUCGCUCGUGCUCGUCUCGCCGCCCGAGCUGCGGAUGCCGCAAGCCGUGUGCGACAAGCUGCGCGCGCGCGGCGUCGCCGUCGAGGAGACGGACGCGCUGCGGCAAGUCCUGCCCCAGACCGACGUCCUCUACGUCACGCGCGUGCAGCGGGAGCGCUUCGCGACGGAGGAGGCGUACCGCGCGGUCGCCGGGUCGUACGUGGUCGACAAGGCGCUGAUGGAGGCCGCGCCGCCGCGCUGCGUCGUCCUCCACCCCCUGCCCCGCGUCGACGAGAUCUCGACCGACUUCGACGCCGACCCGCGCGCGCGCUACUUCGAGCAGAUGGAGAACGGCAUGUACGUGCGCAUGGCGCUGCUCGCCCUCGUGCUC